UCCACCGCUCCUCGAUCACUCCGAGUGAGCCACUCCGUGUCUAUACUGAGGACUUUUUCACGCAAUUGGACGUAGCUAACGGUGGAUCGUCAUCAUAAAAGUUUCACUCAAUCACUGCCAGCAGUAAUUGCACCAAGAGUUCAUUAAUUGACCCAUUGACAACUCUUUAAUCCGAUUAAAAAUAAAUAACAGACAACAAUAGGAAGUAAUUUGAUAUUAUGAGAACACAAGUUUUCUGAUAUUUGUUUUUUUUUUCUGAUUUUCCGGAGUCAGAGAUUGGAUUUUGAGACAGAAAAAUGAUUUGAGUGGAGUCGUCAACCCAGGUGGGUGAUUGUGAGAGUGAAGGUGACAGUGGUCGUGCAGAUGUGAGCUUGAUACUAUCUCCUGGAGAUUUUUAAACUUUUGGGGGUAAAUACAGAGGCCAUUGCGCGCGAUCAUGGAUUUUCCCACGCAAAUUGCUGGCAAAUGGGUGAGAGGAUUCGCUCUCCUGUGCGCCUGCUAUUCAGCUCUGGGAUAUGGGAUGCUUCUGGAGGAGGAGAAAGACGCCAAGAAUUUUACAGCUUCCAUUGGGGAAUACGUUGUGUUCAACUGCCACCUUGAUUUUCCGCAUGAGAUACCGAUACCUUAUAUUUUAACGUGGAACAGGGAAGGAAGAACCGUAUUCUCCUGGUACGAAGUACCAGGCAAUGAGAAGGCGAAUAGUAUACUAUCCAUUGCUGAUGACUAUUCAGGUAGAAUACACUUGCUCGAGGACAAUCUAUCCAGUGAUUAUGGACACGGGAGCAUUAACCUCACGAAUAUCAGGGAGAGCGAUCAGGGAUGGUACGAGUGCAAGGUUGUAUUUCCAGACAGAUCUCCCAGCUCAAGGAAUAAUGGCACUUGGUUUCAUCUCAGCAUCGAAGGUGUGUCGCGACCGGGCGACAAUGUUGUAGGUGAAAAUCUUCUCGCUGUACCACCCGUUAAUAGAACAGCUAUGGAGGGAGAGAUUGUGGAAUUUGAGUGCAUCACGAAGGAUAGCAGCACUGUUGUUAAUUGGCUGCGGGAUGGUCUUGAGAUCGAACAGAUUGAGGAACUCACAGGCAGAAUAACGGUAAACGAGAAUGGCACAUUGAUAAUAAGUCCUGCAGCAAUCGGUGAUUUAGGAGAAUAUUCGUGUGUGGUGACUGAUGUUCUUGGGGAUCAGCAGUCAGCAUCGGCUUUCUUGAAUGUUCAAUACAAGGCGAAGGUCAUCUAUGCCCCCCGAGAAGUCUUCCUCCCCUACGGCAAGUCAGCCCUCCUCGACUGUCACUUCCGGGCAAAUCCUCCACUGACGAAUUUACGAUGGGAGAAAGAUGGCUUUCUCUUCGAUCCCUACAACGUGCCCGGUGUAUUCUACCGACGAAACGGUUCAUUAUACUUCAGCAAAGUCGACGAAACUCACUCCGGAAGCUACAGUUGCACACCGUACAAUGAACUUGGUACCGAGGGCCCCAGUCCUUCAAUUUCAGUGAUCGUCCAGAGACCCCCAGUAUUCACCGUAACACCCCAACGUCUCUACAUGCGAAAACUCGGCGAAAGCCUGGAAAUUCCCUGCGACGCCCGCGACGGCGAUCAGUCCCAACGGCCAACAAUCGUCUGGUUUAAAAAGGACGGUUCACCUCUCCCGCAGGAACGUGCUAUUCUCAGGGGUGGAAAUUUGACCAUCGAAAGAAUUCAGGAGCAAGACAGGGGUCUUUAUCAGUGUGCAGCGAGCAAUGAGGCUGCCACUAUUGUUGCUGACGCUGAACUUAUGGUGCUCAAUGUUCCACCCAGAGCCCCAUACAAUCUCAAUGCUAAUAGUAGUAGAAAUUCGGUUACAUUAACGUGGGUGCCUGGAUACGUGAGGCCUAAAAUGGAAUAUGCUGUUUGGUACAGACCCACGGAUACCUCCGAGUGGAAGACAAUGAAGAUACCGUCCAAGAAGAUAACCGAGGCAACAAUCCCUAAUCUCUCGCCAGGUCGAGAGUACGAGUUUAUGGUUCUGAGUCAGGAUAAGCACGGGGAUGGAAUGUUCAGCAAAAGUAUUCGUGUACUCACGCAGAAUACUAAAACAGGAUCACUAGAUCGCAAUUCAGCCUCGGAAUUUCGGAGUACACAAGACGAGGAGACGAAUGUGGAACCCCCACGAAACGUUCGAGUCCAAGUGACCGGUGAGGGUUAUUUGGUAACGUGGGAGCCACCGGUUGACGGCAAGGACAUGAUCAAGAGUUACACGGUCAGAUGGUUUCGCGAUCCUGCAGAGACACUCUAUGGGAGAGCCGAGACCGUCGAUACAUUUUACUUAGUUAAAACGUUAGAAGAGGACACGAGCUACAUAUUUGAAGUAUCAGCAAUUUCCAGAACCGAGGAUGUUGCAACUAGUGAGCAAUUUACAUUAGAAGUGCCGGCAUAUCGAAGGAACAGGGCAAUCUCGAUGGGCAUUGUCGCGGGAAUUGGAUUCUUGGCUGCUGCACUGGCGACGAUCUGGUGGGCGCGAAAAAGAUUCUGCCAGCCUUCGUUAAAUAAAUGAGAUGAAGAGACGAGAAUAAGAGUUGAAUAAAUUGAGCUUGGAAUCACUAGGCAGUUAAUCCAAUACAAUA